AUGGUCGCGAUCGAUAAGAGACAAACGUUUGUCGUAGCGACGGCUCAUAAUUUUUUUGGUGUUCCUGUAAACGACCAGUUCGGUAAGGAUGAAUUAGAUGCGAUUGACAAGUUUUUAGAUGAGAAAAAAUGCCGGACGUUGUGUGCUAUCGCUUUAGCUUCGCCUACUCACUCUGGGCGACAUGUGAAGUUGACCAAUAAUCUAUCAUUUGGCGAAAAUACACUUGUGUUUUUCAAGAUAUCGGACUCGACGGUAACCGAGGAAAACUUUCACGAAAUCGUGCAAGUAACAUCAAUAAGUAAGAAUAGCGUAGCAUCGUUGGCCGAAGCACUCCGACAAGUUUGGUCGCCGGCAUUGCAAAGCUCUGGCUUCGAUUCGUUGCUAUUGAAAAGAUUGGAGAACCAAUUGCUUGGGCCGAGGACGGCUUCGUCUCUUCUCGAGGAGGAAACUCACAUGAGAGAAAAAUCCGAACUUGCCAAGACAUCCGCCGAGAAAAAACUUUACGAGCAAGCCGUACUCUAUUUAAAGAAUUUGAGACGUGAACUCGAGAGUGCUGCCAUUGCGAGGGAAGGUUUGGUAAUGUUAGAAGAGAUACUUGACACGCUGUCCGGCCACUUGGACGACUUGUGGAAGCUCAAAGGCCCAGUUUAUAACGAGGAACGCAUGCAGUCGCUGCUGGAAGUCGUGGGCACUGAGAUAGCACAGUUAGUCCAAACUCUGAUCAGCAAAGUAACUCGCCUUUCCAACAGUCGUGCGAAAGACGAAGCGAUAUCGUACGGAGCAAUGAUCUGCAAGAAAUGGAUGGAAAUGACACAUCAAUUGACCAGUCUUUUCUGGCCGAAUUUACCACACGCGUGGAAAGCCAAAUCUUACAAACCGGAAAAAUGUCACAAUUACGAGACACGGCUCAAGGAAAUAGCGGAAAUACGCGCGCAGAACCGCCAGCUAACGAGACUCUUGACCCCAACGGAGCGCGCCAAUCUCGGCACCGACGUAAUAUUCAAGUGUUUCGACAAUAUUGAAGAAUUAUUAGGGGAAGAGAACGACGUGGAAUGGGAUCGGCUGCGAGACAAACUUCGCACAGGCCUAGGUCUAACAGAGGAGAGAGUAGCGGCCAAGUUGCGAGCAUUGUUUACAGCAGCGAAAACGCCGUUGGCACUGGAAACAGAAUUUCGUCGUUAUAGCGAGCUGAUGCGUCGAGAAGCAAUCAGAAGCCAACUAAAACCCGAGCGGCAGGCUCUUCUCUCGGCUUAUGCGGAUCUUAUCGAUGCGUGCAUGCACGGACCGGAUACACGUGAACUGCUCGACACGCCGGAAAUCCUACAGAAAGUGCAGACGGCAAGAGUGGCGGAAUUGCGCCUCGAGAGUUUGCAGAAACUAGGGAAACAAUUGCUUAGCGAUCUUCCAGGCUACGAUGACAUUUCGGGAAAGCUCACGACAGCUCUCAACGAUGCCGAGAGGCAAAGACAAGAACUCACCGAGACAUGGGUCGAAGAUACCAAACUAUCCGUCCAGCGAGAUGAGCUUUCUCUCGGAAAAGAAUCAGCAGUGGUGGAGUUGUGCGGUGCAAAACUGAUGCGCGUAAAUUUCGAUCCACGUCUCACGGCAUUGAUCCGUGAAUCUCGUGGUCUAGCAGCACAAGGGGUUGAAUUGCCACGUGAAAUCAAGGAGUUGGUCGAACGUGCAUCAUCGUUAACUGGUCGAGCAAGGGCUCUUCAACAGAUUGCUAACUUUCAUAACACAAUAGGUGAUCGAAUGAUACCUUCGCAAAGGCCAUUAAUGCUCGCUUCAUCGCUCGAACUUGCCGGUGCUGUGAGAGAACAAUCGGGAGUUAUUUGGACGGAUGCGAGAGCCAUUGACGUGUAUACAAAUCGACUUAGGGAAUUGGUGAAAAAAUUCGCUCGUCAAAAUGCAGAACUCGCGUCGAAGCAUGCAGUUCUGAGAGAUUUGGUAUGUAAUCUGCUAAAAGGUGACUCGAUUAAUUUGGUGACAAAUCAAAACGUUUGGAAAGACACGUUAAGGAAUAUGAGAGAUGUCGUUGACUCGGUUGAGGCGCAUUACGGCAAUACCAAAGCUUGGAAGCUGCACUGGGACCGACAGCUGCUCAAAGCUCUAGGGAUUGCAUAUAGAGCUGCACUGCCAACGUUACUGAAAAAGCUGCCGGAAAUCCGAGUGGAGUUAACAUUCCGCGAUGAAAAUUUACAUUGGCGGCCGACGCUCGAGGAUACCCGCAUGAAGCUUUACUCGGGUAUCCGACGCUUCCUGGCUAUACCAACAAACUUUCGCGGUGUUGGUAACCCGGAGGACGGCCACUUCCAUACUCUUGUACCGAGAAGUGCUUAUCUAUUUGGCGCCGUGUACAGGGAGGCGGAAAAUUUGCUGAACGCCUUCGAGUGUUUGCGCGUCAAGUGGCUACCUCUAGUUUCACCGGCCAAGAUCGAUAUUGGACAAACAUUAAAGGGAAAACAGUCACAUGAUUGGGAAAAAGCUUUCAAAGAUGCUAAACAAUGGGCACAAGAAGUAAAUAAAUUAAGAGCAACAGAAAUAAAAAUAUCAUGCAUAGUCAUCGAUAUCAGCACAAUAAGAAACGACUUAGAAUUGCUCUCGAGAAGGUACUGGGAGCGCUUAGCACUUGACUUGCGAGCAGAAGCAUCGUCACGUUUAGUGUUUAUUAUCGACUUUCUGUCAUCGGCGUCGAAAAAAUUGUCUCAUCGCGCACGUACAAUUGAGGAAAUCGGUGAAGCGUACGAGGCAUACUCGAGCAUCAAAAAGCAAUCGGAUGACAUUGCACGAGAAUUAGAAGAUGUAUCCGGAUUAGGUCGAGUAUUGGCAGCUUGGACCAGAGACAAAUUAGACGGACUGAGCAAUGCAUCUACGGCGUGGGACAGUUUGAAAGAGCGUCUAGACAAUUAUCACGAUGUAAUGUUACAUCAAUUGGAAGAAGCCAAAUUGAACUUGCGACAUCAAGUUUUAGCAAUGCACGAUGAUCAGGAGCGUUGGAAAGACGUGUGGGCAUCAAGACCGGCAGUCGUCACUAAAGAUUGGUUGGAAAUCAUGCGCGAAAGAUGGAUAAAUUUAAUCGAGCAAAGAGAUGUACUUGUCAACGAUUGCAAAAGAUUGAAUCUACCCGUCGAUGAAAUUUUCGAAUCAAAUGAAAAGCUCAUAGCCCAACUUGAAGCCGAACUGGAAACUGAAGAACUAAAUAAUCGCUUUCAGAGUGAAUUCAUCGAAGAACUUCAAAAACACGAAGAAGAAGAAUGGUCAGUGGCUAGACGACGAUUACCUAAAUUACAUGAAUGGCUGGAUUCUUGGGAGAGUCGAUUACAUUUACAAAUGAAAAAUCAACCUGAAUCAUUAAAGGAAGAAUCAGCGAAGCAAGAAGCUAACUCAUUUAUCGAGAGAAAGAUUGUUGAGCUAAGAGAUGCGGUGGAAUGCGUACAAUUACUCAGAGCUGAAGAUUUGGCUGAAGAACACUGGAAUGAAUUAAAUGAAAUAUUGGAGCUUGGAGUAUUGAAACGAAUGAGUGAUAUCACGCUAGGACAUUUAUUAAAGAGUGCCCCGCUUAUUAAAAGUAAUUUGGAUCGCGUUAAGGAUAUUACAAAACGAGCUGCAGCCGAAAGUGGCAUUCGACAAGCUCUUAUAGAAUUGGAAGCUUGGGAAAGUUACACGUCGCUUCCAUUAUUAGAAUCAAAAGAUAGUAGAAAUAUAAAAAUUCACAUCGUCGGUGAUUAUAGCGCUUUGCUCGUUAGAGCUGGUGAGCUGAGGCUAAUUUUAGAAGGUGCGAGGGGUGCAGCAGGUUACGAAAGAUUUGCUUCAAGAGCUGCAAGAUGCGAAGCAGCUUUAAGUGAAUUGGAGGAGCGUAUAAAAAUAUUGAGCGUUGUUCAAAGAAAAUGGAUCUACCUUGACCCAGUGUAUAGCAGUGGUGCUGCGCCUAACGAUUCUGGUAGAUGGACACGAGCUGAUAAAGAAUUUAGGUACUUUAUGGGAGAAAUAGCAAAAGAUCCAAAGAUACCGUCUUUAAGAAAAUUACCAUUUCAUGCUCUGACGAAUCUAAAAGAUCUGCUGGAUAGAUGUCAAAGAAGCUUAGAUGAUUUCUUAGAGGAAAAAAGAUCAGCUUAUCCGCGAUUGUAUUUCUUGAGUGAUGAAGAUCUUCUUGAAUUAGUAUCUGGAAAAGGAAAAGGGAUUGAUGUCCAUUUAUCAAAAUUAUAUCAAGGAAUUAGCUCAAGUGAAAAAGAAUUAAACUACAUUACAAGUGUGAUAUCUCCAGAAGGAGAAAAAUUAAAACUUUUAGAGAAAAUAAAUUUAACGGCAACGUUCCCUCAGUGGCUAAUCAAUUUAGAAAAUGGUAUACGAAAUGCAUUGCAGCAGUGUUUAAACACCUGUUUACUUGAACAGACGCCAGACAUUUCUGCGUAUCCAACACAGAUACUUUUACUUUGUGAAAGAAUACGUUUUACGGAAAAAUGCGAGAUGGCAAUGGACGACGACGCUAUCGGUUUGAAAAAUUUACUAAAAUAUCUAGAAAAUCAAAGAACGCGUUACAGGAGUUUAGAAGAUCCAGAUAACCUGUCAAAAUCAUUAAAAGCUAAGAAUUUAUUGCUUGAGACAGUUCAUCAUCUGCAUGUUGUUAGAAAUUUGUUAGAAGCCGUAACAGACAAAGAAACGCUUAAGUGGAACUGGAGUCGUCAAGUUAGAACUUACAAGAGUGGUGGAGGAGCAUUAAUACGUUGCGCUAAGGCGGAAUUUCCAUAUCGAUUCGAAUACCAAGGAGCAGCAGUAGGACUCGUUAGAACACCAUUGACUGAAAAAUGUUAUCUCGCGCUAACACAAGCCAUGAAAUUAGGAUUAGGCGGUAGUCCAACCGGACCGGCUGGAACUGGAAAAACUGAGAGCGUUAAAGCUCUUGGUAGCAUCUUAGGUCGCCGAGUACUUGUAUUCAAUUGUGACGAAGGGAUGGAUUCCGGGAGUAUGCGUCGUAUUUUGAGUGGCUUAGCACAAGCGGGUACCUGGGGCUGUUUCGACGAAUUCAAUCGUCUCGAAGAGAGUACAAUGAGUGCUGUAGCGAUGCUGAUAAGACCAUUACAGGAAGCGGUGCGAGACGGUGCUACUCGAGCGAAUCUUGGUGGUCUUGAGAUACCAGUUAACCCGCAUUGUUGUCUGUUUAUCACGAUGAAUCCAGCGGCUGACGAUUACGGUGGUAGACACAAACUACCCGACUCGCUUGCCCGCCUAUUUCGACCUAUUGGUAUGGCUCAUCCUAACAAAACCAAUAUUGUUAGAUCUCUUCUCGAGUGUGCUGGCUUUGUCAAUGCUUCGAGAUUGGCCAAUCAAUUGGUCGAGACCUUCGACACGGCGGAAAAACUUUUGUCCAAACAGCCGCAUUAUGACUGGGGAUUGAGAGCACUUCGAUCGGUUUUGAAUGCUAUUCCGUUGUCGAGUGGCUCCGAUAACGAAUCUAUUGAAGUAGCUAGAAUGUUGUCAGGAAUUUACGUGUCUACGAUGCCGAAAUUGGUUGAAGAGGACGCUGCUAAAUUUUUAACGCUAUUGAAUGACAUUUUCCCCAAUACUGAUGUUUCAGUUUUAGCUAAAAGAAAAGACAAACUGCAAUCUGUUCUCGCAAAUAUAUGUGAAGUUCAAGAGCUACACGAUAGCUUGAUUAGGAAUUGUACUCAAUUAAAUGAUCAAUUGCAUGGUAGAAGUGGUGUUGCUAUAGUUGGUCCACCGGGUUGUGGCAAAACUUUGAUUAUUAAGAUAUUGGCUGAAGCGUUAUUGAAAAUAGGAGAGGCAGUGAAGUUGUAUCAAGUAUAUCCGGGAGCUAUUUCAAAAUCGAAAUUACUUGGUAGUGUGGAUUCUCAAACAAGAGAAUUAAAGGAAGGUUUGAUGUCAAACAUUAUUUCGAACUCGGAGGAUAAACCUUUAUGGAUUGUUCUCAAUGGUGAUGUGGAACCAGAAUGGGCGGAGGCUCUUAACUCUGCUUUGGAUGACAAUCGUAUUCUUACACUACCUAAUGGUGUGGGUAUAAAACUUCGUAAUGAUACAAGACUCAUAUUCGAGUCGCAUAAACUAUCAGGAGCAAGUCCAGCAACUGUAUCUCGAUUAGGGAUCGUAUUCCUUCGAGAAUUUGACUCGUCCGUUUUAUUGAAUCCUUCAUUUCUGAAGGAUUUUACAUCUAUAGCAAUAGAUACUAUAAUGACUCAUCUGAGUGACAUAAUAGAACAAGUGUUAAAAGCAAAGAAAGAUCAAAAAUCUGCAUCGGGAUUGUUAAAAGCAGCACUAGUACAUUUUCAAAUUGCUAGUACCCAGGCCAGUUGUACUCAAGCCUUAUUAGCUUCAGUUUGUAGUCAAAUUAAAGAUCACACUUCACGUGACGAUUUAGCACGAAAAAUUUAUCAUCUUACUGGCGUUUGGUGUCCGGAUUCAAAUAAUCCUUGCGAUGUUGUCUAUAAUAAGCAAAAAGAUAUUCUAGAUUCUUUCACUAACGAAGUAACAAUUAUAAAAACAGAAGAAGGAUCUGUUUAUCUAUCAGGAUCAAUGCAAAGGGGAAUGAAUGCAAUAUUACCAUGGAUUAAAUUCAGAUUACCAGUGAUACUUCGAGGACCAACAGGUUGCGGAAAAAAUGCAUUAUUAAACGUGGUAAUCACCUCGUUGAAAAACGAAACAGACGAAGCUAUUUUAAUCAUAAAGAGUUCAUCAUUAUAUGGAUCUAAAGAUCUUAUAACUAGAUUGAAAAGAUCUUGCAUUAAAUUAGAUUCAUCAGCUGGUAGUAGGCAAUACCGAUCAAAAAAUGGAUCUCGUAUAAUUUUAGUUGUCGAAGAUUUACACUUAGCUUCGCAGAAUUUGCAAGAAUUAAUAAGGCAGUUAAUUCAAGAAGGUGGUUUUUACGAAGAUGAUUUAGAAUUCGCGAAAAUACCUUUAACUAUACUGACAACGGGAGAUUUAUCAACAAAGUUACAUCCAAGAUUAGAUUCUUUAUUGGCCACGCUUUACUUGCCGUCUAUCAAACUUAAGGACCUAGACGUAAUUGUUGACUUACAUUUAAGAGAAUCUCUAAAGAGUGACCAAAUGGUAGUCAGAGCAUGGAUAUCAAAAAUGUCUCCAGCUAUAGUUGAAGCUUUCAACGAAAUUACAAAUGACAUGUCAAAAGUAAAGUGGACGCCGAGAGAUUUGAUGACCUGGAUUGAUUUGUUGAAAUAUUAUCCUGAAACAGACACCGAGGGUAAUAUCACAGGCUAUUUGAUUGAUGCUUCACGUCGACUUUUUAGACCAAAAUUACAACUAAAACAACAAAAACGUUUGGAAACAAUAGUGAAUUCUCGUACAACAUCUCGCACUAAUUUAGGAGACAACGUUUACGUGUGGAAAGGUGCUAACAAUGGCUUAACAAUAUUAUCUAACGCUCAUUGGAAAGCAGAUCUUGAAAAUGCGAUAACAAGGUGCAUUCGUGAAGGAGAUACAAUGUCAACAAAUAUUUUCUCUUACUUAAUGGAAAUAACAGCAGGUAUAAGUUGGGGAUUCGGUUGUGAGCAAAGGGGCAUACUUUUAACUGGUCGCCCGGGAGCGGCUAGAAAGUCGGCAACAAAGAUUGUUUCCAUUAUUUCAUGUUUGAAACUCAUUGAUUCGGCACCUGGUAAGGGUAAAUCAGCUGUAAAAUCAGCAGUUCAAGCAGCUGGUAUUGAGGGUGAAUGGACGAUUCUAUUGCUUGAAGAACACCAUCUUCGUGAAGAUGAUUUUGCUAUUUUAAUCAGUGGGAUUAUUGCUAAUGGUGAAGUACCAGGUCUGUACACGACGGAAGAACUUGAUGGUCUUAUUGCACCACUUUCCGAUUUGGCUGCUAGAGAAGAAUUUCCUGGGAGCUUAGAACAGUUCUUGUAUUAUCGUUUAAGAAAAUACUUAAAGGUGGUCCUUAUCGUCGAUUUGAACGACCUAAAAGAAGCUUGGUUCUGCCAAUCAAAUCUUCUUCUUUACUGCAUUCAAACCACUGGCCAAAACUUAGGAAACGAAUGGUGGCUAUCGGAAAGUUCAUUGAUUGAGUUAGCAAGCCUGUACAAAGAUCCAGCGAAAGUCACGACAGACGUCGCGAGCGGCGUGGUUGAAGUUGUACAGGCGCACAUUAAUGCUCCAAUUCAACAGCAAGCACCGGCAAGAUUCCUUGCAUUGCUGAAUAAGUGGAAGGAGUUGAGAGAAAGUUGGAUUAAUGAUAUAACAGCAAAAUUGAAGCAUUUAGAGGCGGGUAUCGAGAGACUAAAAGAAGCAGGCGAUCGAGUUGCUAAACUUGAAGAAGAUGCUUCGAAGCAGAGGCGAGAGCUCGAGAUCGAAAAAGGUAAAGCAAACGCAGCACUCGAACAAAUAACAGCGACAAUGCGUGGAGCAACCGGUCAAAGAACUGAAAUGGCAUCGUUGAAAAGUGAAACGGAGCGUGAAAGUAUCGAACUUGCUCGUCGUAAAGCUGACAUCGAGAGCGAACUUGGCAGCGUUGAACCACUAGUUGAGCAAGCAUCGCAGGCAGUUGCGAAUAUUAGUUCGGAUGCUUUAUCAGAAGUUCGCUCUCUACGAGCACCACCUGCUGCGGUACGUGAUGUUCUCGAGGGAGUACUAAGGUUAAUGGGUAUUCGCGAUACCUCGUGGAAUAGUAUGAAGACUUUCCUAGCAAAGCGCGGGGUUAAAGAGGAGAUACGUAAUUGGGAUGCACGACGUAGCUCGCCGACGAGUCUUGACGCCGUUGCUAAGUUAAUUAAAGAAAGGCCAGAAAGUUUCGAUGAGAAAACUGCCAAGAGAGCAUCUGUUGCUGCUGCACCUUUGGCUGCUUGGGUAUUGGCGAAUUUGCAAUAUGGACAAAUAUUACAACAGGUCGCGCCAUUGGAGAGAGAACAGCGAGUACUCACUGAUCGACUUGCUGCUGCUGAAGCACAAAUCGGCAAAUUAGAGUCUGGCCUAAACACUGUUGAAAGUAAAGUAGCUCACCUGCAAGAAGAGCUUGCAGCUCACACUCGAGGUGCAGCUGAGCUUCAGUUACGUAUGGAGGCAACUGAAGCAAGUCUCAAUUCAGCUCGUUCAUUACUUAGUAAACUUGAUGCUGAGCAUAGCGAUUGGCGAGGACAAUUCCAGACAUUGACCGAAAGAAAUAGUAAAAUUGACGUCGAAGCGGCAACCUUAGCUACAUUACUUAUUUACCAGAAUCCAGCAACAAAGAACGAUGAAAAACGAAAACACACGAUCGAUCUAUUAAUAACUGAACGCGACAAAUUACAAUGGCGAACACAAGGCUUACCUGUCGAUACAGAAAGUUUCAUCGGUGCAGCACGAGCAAUAAGAGGCAAUUUAGUACCUCUCUUCUUAGAUCCUUUGGGUGUAGCGGUGAAUUGGUUAAGAUUUAACAUUGGUGAAACGCGAAUAGAAAUUACUAGACCUGAAGACUCUCGUUUCCUUACUAGUGUCGAGUUAGCAGUGAGAUUUGGCAAACCACUUCUUGUAGAAGAAAUUAUCGAACUACCAACUAUACUCUUGCCAUUGCUCAGAAAAAGACCAUUAAGAAUUGGAGAUAAAAGCCUACCAGCUCAGCAAGGAUUUCAAUUAUUUUUGGCAACGAGGCAAGACAGUUUAACAAACAAGUUACCAAGUGAAGCUGAUGCGACGUUAGUGAAAAUCAGUCUAGGCAUUGGAAGUAGAAGCUUAACAGAACGACUAGUCAUAAAAGCUAUCUUACAAGAGACCCCGGAGAUCGAGAUGAGACGCAAAGAAGCCCUUGAACGCGAAGAACAAUUGUCCGGUGAAAUUGAAGCUGCUCGCUUAGAGCUUCUUGUUCAGCUGGGUGAAGCCCGUGGCCAAGAUAUCCUUCAGGAAUCGCGAAGCGAUGGUGCUGGAUUACUCGCUACUCUUGAAUUAACUCAGUCGAAAGCCAAAGAAAUUGCUAAAGCUCUUGAAGAGAGUCGGCGUGAUCUUGAAAAUAUCAAUAAACGAAGCAAAGAGCACGAAAGGCUCGCUAUAUUCACGGCAAUUAUGUAUAAGUUCGUUAGGUCGUUUUCUGCUUUGAGUUCGCUUUAUGUUUUUACCACAGAGACAAUUACGGAAAUAUUUUUGGAAGCAGAAAGAUCUAGAUUUAGGCUUGGAAAAGACGAGCGUGAGAAGACACUAGAGAAAACUGUCACGUCACUGACAUUGCACCAUUGCAUAAGAGCAGCGUACAGAAAACAUCGUUUACCCAUGGCCCUUCAUCUAGCGAUAUCGCUGAACUCGAUACCAGAUGAGCAGCGUAGUCUACUAAUGAGCGGGGAAGGCAUGCACGUUGGUUUGGAAUUUGAUUUACCUGAUUUUAUUUCGUCUGAGCAGAAAUCCGCUGUUAGGAGUCUCAUUACGACGAUACCUACGAUAGCGCAAAAAUUGAAAUCCAGCUGGGUUAAUAACAUUGUUAGUGUUUAUGCGGAGAACAAUUUAAAUAAUUUCGAAAAGAUUCUAGUCAUUCAAGCUCUCCAUCCUGAACACUUGCAUACAACUCUAUCAAAAUGGGCCUCUCAGCAACUCGGAGUUCGGAAUCUAACGCCACCUUCAUGGACUUUGAAGCAGAUAGCCGAAGAAAAUGCAGAGAAACCAAUAUUACUAUUAUUAUCGCCUGGAGCAGAUCCAGAACUAGAAUUAAGUAGUUUGAUUGCUAAUCAGAUAGUCUUAGCCCACGGAUUCGUCGAAGUAUCUCUAGGUCAAGACCAUGUCGGACAAGCUGAAUCUGCUUUAGAAUUAGCUUGCAAGCAAGGAAGUUGGAUUCUUUUGAGCAAUCUACAACUCGCUUUAAACUGGUUACCGCGUCUUGAAGCUUUAUUACGUUCACCAAGCUGCACAACUCACAAAAAUCCAAAUACCAGAAUUUGGUUAAGCACAGAAGAAUGUUCGGGAUUCUAUCCAGGACUUUCAGGAUUGUGUCUUAAACUAGCAUACGAACCACCAGAAGGCGUGAAACGCAAUAUCAAACGCUCCUUACAGCAGUUACAACAGCGGGAACCUCCUAUUCAGAAUGCUGGCAAGUCAUUGAUGAUUUCAUGGCUCCAUGCUACACUUCAAGAGAGAAGAAAGUUUGUACCUCAAAGCUGGAUCAAAGCUUACGCAUGGAGUGAGGCAGAUCUUGAAGCAGCCUGUGAAUUGGUAAUUCAGAAAUACAUAGCAAUGAAUCAAUUAGACGAUGAUUGGGAAGCCGAUCGAGGUAUUCUUGAUGUAGCGGUUUAUGGAGGAUUAUUGCAAGAUGAAUAUGACAUGAGAAUUCUACGAGCUAUACUCAAGCAUACUUGGUCUAAAGAUGUAUAUCUCGGUCGACGCAAACUUGGAGGAAUCCUUAGCGUACCAAAAGCUGCAUCUGAAAACCCUUUGACUUUGACCGAUAGAUUGGAUGAUACUGAUCCAAUUCAAAUGUACUUUGGUUUACCAGCUAAUGCCCAUAGGGCUUGGGAAAAGUCGGCAGCUGAAUUGAGUUUGCGAUAUCUCAGAGAAAUAUCCAGGAGAACGAUAAAAAUUAGUAAAGAAAACUCCGAUGGAAGAGUUUCCCCAUCGAUGUCGAAAACUAUUAGAGAGUUGAAACUCAUGAUAGAUCAACAAAGAAUCGACGACCCGAAAAGUACGUCGAAAGAUAAAGAACAAGACCCUCUAAGGCGAUUCUUCAGCGACGAGAUUAAUACUACAAGACAGUUACUACAAAUGGUUAGAUCAGAUCUUGAUAGUCUGCGAUCAUCCGAUGACCUAAAGACUCCUAAAACAUGGAUUGUACAAUGGAAUUCAGGACCUCAGGAAACCAUUCCAUUUGUGAAUAAAUUAGUAUCGAGGUAUCAAUCACUUAUGACGUUAAGUGGUUUGCCAAGUAAAGUGGAGUUAUCGUGGUUCGCUCGGCCUGAUGCUUUUUUCUCAGCUCUCAAACAGCACACCGCGCGACAAACAGGCAAAGCUUUCGAAAACUUACGAUUGAAAAUUAAAUGGACGAGUGAAACUGAUAAAGAGGGUAGUUGGAGGAUAUCUGUACUUGUUCAAGGACUUCUUUUGACCGGUGCACGAAUAGACAAUGGUAUUCUAGACGAAGUGACUGCAAAUGCAAGUUCGGCGAUAACAGCACCUCCGUGUCUCAUUGCCUUUGUUGAUGAUAUUCCCGAUGAAAAUGACGAUGAAAGUGAAAACGAUGUGGAGUUAACGAGUGAUCUAUGUGCCUUAAGCGUACCUGUCUAUACAGACUCGUUUAAGAAUCAUCUAAUAUGCGCACUCCCUGUACCCUAUACCCGCGAGCAGCAAGAUAUCUGGCAUCAGCGGGGUAUCAGUUUUCAUUUACGAUUUUAAUCAAAAGGAUUACAUUUUUAGCGAAAAGUUGUAUUUUUAUGUGAAGGCGUUUAUUAAAUUUAUUAAAUAUUGAACAAACUAUUAUAAAUUAUUUGUAAUUGUGCUAGAAUCAUACCA